ACCAAAAAAAAAAACCCAGAGGGACGAAGCUAAUAAACCCUAAACCCAUCCACUGAAUCGACUCGCCGGCGUCGCCGCUCUCCAUCGUCUCCGUCCUCUCUUUUAAAUCUUCUGAGUGAGGAGUACAUUUAACAAAGUCAGUGUACUUGGUGUUGAUUUAUGUCCUAAACACCAAAAGCUAUAUGCAGUAAAAGAGGAAGGAGAAGAAGAGGAAAACAUCAAAGGUUUUAGCAAUGGUGAAGGCCUACCUAAGGUACGAGCCCGCGUCUUCUUUCGGCGUGAUUGCGUCGUUGGAUUCAAACAUCACAUACGACUCUACGGGGAAACAUGUUCUGUCUCCGGCUCUGGAGAAGGUCGGAAUCUGGCAUGUCCGACAAGGUGUUUGCACCAAAUCCCUAGUUCCAACCUCCUCUCACGGUGGACCAUCUCUGGCAGUUACCUCUGUCGUCUCCUCUCCAUCUAAUCUGGUGGCAGUUGGGUAUGCCGAUGGGAGUAUAAGAGUUUGGGACUGUGAGAAAGGAACCUGCGAGACUACACUGAAUGGCCAUAAGGGAGCAGUGACCGCCCUUCGGUACAACAAGCUUGGCUCUAUGCUGGCAUCUGGUAGUAAAGAUAAUGAUGUCAUCUUGUGGGAUGUCGUCGGGGAAACUGGCCUUUUUCGUCUCCGUGGCCAUCGUGAUCAGGUUACAGAUCUUGUUUUCUUGGAUUCUGGUAAGAAGCUUGUUAGUUCUUCCAAGGACAAAUUCUUGAGAGUCUGGGAUCUUGAAACACAGCACUGUAUGCAAAUAGUUAGUGGUCAUCAUAGUGAAAUCUGGUCCAUUGAUGUCGAUCCUGAGGAAAGAUACGUAGUUAGUGGUUCUGCCGAUCCUGAACUUAGAUAUUUUGCCGUUAAACAAGACUCGUCACAUGGAUCAUUGGUGUCUCUUACAAAUGAAAACGGAGUUCAAACCAAUGGAGAUGAUUCUACUGGGAACAAAUGGGAAAUGCUGAAGUUGUUCGGGGAAAUUCAGAGACAAACUAAGGAUAGAGUUGCAACUGUAAGGUACAAUAAGUCGGGGAAUCUGCUGGCUUGUCAAAUGGCAGGAAAAACCAUUGAGAUAUUCCGGGUAUUGGAUGAAUUUGAGGCUAAACGGAAGGCAAAGCGUAGGCUUCGCAGGAAGGAGAAGAAAUCUUCCAAAAGCGGGGAUGAAAAUUUGAUCGAAAAUGGAGAAACAACUAAUGAAAUUGAAGAAACUGAUUGCGCUCCCACCGCUACCGUACCUGACGUUUUUAAGCUUUUGCAGGUCAUCAGGGCUAGCAGAAAAAUAUGUUCUUUUUCUUUUUCUCCAAAUGUUCCGAAAGAUUCCUUAGCGACCUUAGCUUUGUCUUUAAACAAUAACUCGCUGGAGUUCUACUCUCUCAAGAGUGGUGAAAAUGAGAAAACUGUCACUAUUGAAUACCAAGGGCAUCGUUCUGAUGUGAGGAGUGUUACUCUUAGUGAAGACAACACCCUUUUGAUGUCAACCAGUCACAGUGAAGUAAAGAUUUGGAAUCCAACAACCGGUUCUUGUCUUCGAACUGUUGAUUCAGCAUAUGGACUCUGCAGUUUGAUCGUUCCUAACAAUAAGUAUGGUAUUGUUGGAACAAAGAAUGGGGCACUGGAAAUCAUUGAUAUCGGGAGUGCCACCAAAGUGGAAGAAGUGGAGGCUCAUGGUGGAACCAUUUGGUCAAUUGCUCCCAUUCCGAACGAUAACGGGUUUGUCACCGUGAGUGCAGAUCAUGAAGUCAAGUUUUGGGAAUACCUCGUGAAAAAGAGACCUGACCAAAAAACCAAGCAACUUACCGUAUCAAAUGUGAGGUCCAUGAAGAUGAAUGAUGAUGUACUUGCUGUUGCCAUUAGUCCUGAUGCUAAAUAUAUUGCAGUUGCUCUGCUAGAUUCCACAGUAAAGGUUUUCUACAUGGAUUCUCUAAAAUUCUACCUUUCACUAUAUGGCCACAAGCUACCCGUGAUGUGCAUUGAUAUUUCAUCGGAUGGAGACUUGAUUGUAACUGGCUCUCAGGACAAAAAUUUGAAAAUUUGGGGUUUGGACUUUGGUGAUUGCCAUAAGUCCAUCUUUGCUCAUGGUGACAGUGUCAUGGCUGUGAAGUUUGUUAGGAAUACACAUUACAUGUUCAGCAUCGGGAAAGAUCGUCUCGUGAAGUAUUGGGAUGCCGAUAAGUUCGAGCUGUUGUUGACUCUCGAGGGACAUCAUGCUGAGAUAUGGUGCCUUGCUGUCAGCAAUCGUGGCGAUUUUAUAGUGACAGGAUCUCAUGAUCGGUCAAUGCGUCGUUGGGAUCGGACCGAAGAACCUUUCUUCCUCGAGGAGGAAAAAGAAAAGAGGUUGGAGGAGAUGUUUGAGUCUGAGAUUGACAACACAGUUGAGGACAAGCAUGCACCUAAAGAGGAAGUCCCUGAGGAAGGUGUUGCAGCUUUAGCAGGGAAGAAAACAAUAGAAACCCUAACAGCUACCGAUUCGAUUAUAGAAUCCCUUGAUGUAGCAGAAGAGGAAAAGACACGCCUUUCUGCAUAUGAGGAGGAGAAAACAAAGGCAGAGGUCGCUGAUUUCCUGCCUAAUGUUGUGAUGCUCGGGCUUUCUCCAUCGGACUAUGUUCUCCGAGCCACUUCAAACGUCAAAACAAACGAUCUUGAGCAGACCUUACUGGCUCUACCUUUCUCGGAUGCUUUGAAGCUUCUCUCUUACCUGAAAGACUGGACUUCUAGUCCAGACAAGGUCGAGCUCGUUUGCAGGGUUGCAGCCAUUCUAUUACAGACCCAUCAUAACCAGUUGGUUACUACUCCCGCCGCUAGGCCUGUCUUAACGGUUCUCAGAGACAUUCUUCAUGCGAGAGUAAAGGAAUGCAAAGAUACAAUUGGUUUCAAUUUGGCCGCCAUGGAUCACCUGAAGCAAAUGAUGUCAUCGAGAUCAGAUGCGCCCUUCAGAGAUGCCAAGGCCAAGCUAAUGGAGAUUCGAGCUCAUCAAUCGAAACGCUUGGAGGCUCGGACAGAGACCAAGACGGAGAGACGGAGAAGGAAGAAGCAGAAGAAACUAGAAGACGGCCAUGGACAUGGGCACGCAUGGGUUUGAUCUGAUCUCCGAGGGACAGAACCCACACAAUUUUGUAAAACUUUUGUCAGGUCGGUCCAGUGUUUGUGUAAUAGUUAGCUAUUACAGUACUAAGUUUUGCUCGUAGAGCCAAAGCCAAUUCAGAUUAAAAUGUCAUCCUUUGUUGUUACAUCA